AUGGGCAAUAAAGAAUCAACAAAUCAACAUGAUGGAGCUAAAAUAUCUCGUCAAAUGUCACAUAAACGACAUUCACAUACGAUGUCACCGUCACGAACACGAAGUGAAUCAAUUCCACAUCCACAAAGCUCACGCAAAUUGUCAAGUUUUCGAAAAGAGGAAGAAUUGGAAUCACCAAUUGUUUCAUUUGAAAAAAAUCGUAGCAAAUCAUUUCGUGCAUCUUCUGGACAACCAAGAUAUAUGGAUGGUAGCAGACGGCGGUCAAAUAUUUGUGAAAUUACGGGUUUAAGCGCACAUCAAAAAGCAAUCUUAACAACAAUGUGGCGUCAAUUACCACGUGCGUUAGUGUUUGAUCUCGGAAAACGUGUCUUUGAGGUAGUCUUUGAACGUGACCCAAAUUUAUUGGUGGUAAUUAAUUUGGAACAUCUUCAAUGCACUAAUCAAUGGCAAGAACAUGUAAAUUUUCGAACACAUGCACAGCGUUUCACACAUGCAUUGUCACAAUCAAUGCGUAAUUUAGCAGAGCCAAUUGUAGCUGCUGAUCGAUUGCAAGAAUUUGGCGCAGCGUACGUAAAUCACGAAGAUAUUACGUAUAGUUACUUUAAUGCAUCCAUUCCGCAUAGCUACUGGGAUCGACUUUCAGCAGCAAUCACAACAACAGCAAAAGAAUUUUUAAAUAAACAACAGCUAAAAGCAACAAAAAAAAAUCUCACAGUUGACGAUGCAUUGUUGGAAAAUGAAAAAAGAAAUUCGAGGAGUUUAUUUUCACAGGUUUCGGCGAAUAUUAGUGCUUGGAGUAUAUUGGCGCAAUUUAUUUCAAAUCAAAUACGAUUUGGCUAUGAAAUGGAGCUAAUGCUACGAGUGGAAUUGAAAAAACUUAACAUUAAUGGACAAAUGAAGCAAAAAUGA